GGCGUUGUACUCAUACGACGGCGACAGCGAUGACCUCACAGUGGCCUCCUCAGGGGGCGGGGGUCUCCUGACCAUCGCCGGGGCGUUCGAGAGCUCCCGGGUCAUGUACGGGUUCUGCAGCAUGAAGGACGCGACCGCAGCCCUGCCGCGCUACGUCCUCAUCAACUGGGUAGGGGAGGAUGUUCCAGAUGCCAGGAAGUGUGCCUGUGCGAUUCACGUGGCCACCGUCGCUGAGUUCUUCCAGGGAGUCAACGUCAUCGUCAACGCCAGCAACAUGGAGGACAUCGAGCCGUCCGCUAUUGGCCAGCGGCUGACCAAUGGGACGACGGCAGUGGCCAGCCCAGUCCUCAACCGCCUCCGGACCAAAGAGGGGGAGAACGGGGAGAACGUGGGUACCGUCUACACGAAGACAAACGCAGAGAUAGAGAUGAAGAAGAUCAACAGAGAGGAGUUCUGGGAGAAAGCCAAGCGGGAGGAGGAGCUAAGGAAGGAGGAGGACAGGAAAAGGGUAGCGGAGGAGCGUCAGCGGUUUGAGGAGGAGCGGAUGGAGCUGGAGAAGAAGGAGCAGGAGGAGCGAGAGAGGCGGUACAGGGAGAGAGAGCGGGAGAUCGAGGAGCAAAGAAAGAAGACGCAGGAAGAGGAGGAGGCCAAGGAGAGAUUACGGAGCCAGCCAACCAUGCCUGCAGAGCUGAGCACUGAGGAGCUGCAGGAACGAAAGGAAUCUGAGGUAGAGGAGGCGAAGGCGAUCAUCGCCCAGCGGUCUGAUAACCCUCGGGAGUUCUUCAAGAAGAAGGAGAGGGGAGUUCAGAGUGUUGACUCCUCCCCCGCAGCCCGGGUCCGCUCUGGUCGUGUGGACAGUCCGUUCUUCAGACAGCAGCACAGCGUCAGCGAGCCCAGCUCAAGCCCCGCCCCUCGGGGCCCCUCCCCCCUACGCAUACCGACGUUCACCGUGAGCGCGGACCGCGGCGUGACCCCCACCCCCAAGAUGGUGACCACCCCCGAGCCCAGCCCAGCCGAGGACGCCUCGAAGCCGGAGCAGCCAGCUUCAGAGGCCACGCCCCCCAAGUCUGACGCCACGCCCCCAAGACCGGUCCAGAGCGUGGCCCCCCAGGCCCGGGACCCUGACCCCGCCCCCUGGGGCUCUGCGACGGACAGCCUGGUGGACGUAUGGGACGCCGCCCCCGCUGCCGCUGCCCCCGCCGCCGCCCCCGCCCCCGCCCCCGCCUCCCAGUCCACCAAUCUGGUGGACCUGAUGGGUGACAUCACCACUGAGACUCCGCCCCCGCGCCCACAGCCGCUGCUCAGCUUCGAUGACAUCAUGGACGCGUCGCAUUGCUCCGCCCCCGUCGUGGAGGACGAGCCCAGCAGCCUGGUGGACGUGGCGGGGAUUGAUCACAUGACCCUCAGCUACCAGCAUGCACUGCAGCACGCGGCGGGGGAGGGGCCUGAGGGGGAGGACGGAAAGCGGCUGUUGACCAAUGGGGAGACAGCGCUUAAGGAGGGAACCCAGGCGAGUGAGGGCUACUUCAGCCAAUCACAGGAAGACGAAUUCGGCCAAUCGGAGGACACCACAGCUAAGCCGACGCCUGUGUUCUAUAACAAGCCACCAGAGAUUGACAUCACCUGCUGGGACAACGAUCCUGUGGAUGAAGAUGACGACUAGCCGACCAAUCAGGGGCUGCUGCCAGACCAGGAAGAGGAACAAGUGCAUCGUUAGGAAACUGUUUUUUUUUUUUUACAAAACACAAAAAGUAAUAAGUCUUGCAUCCUCCUCUGUAUAAUACCCUAGAAAGAAACUAACAUUAGCCCCCUGGAAAGGUUUGGAGUUUCUGUUUAAGGAAAUAUGGGUUUAAGAAAUCUUGAUUUAUUUGAUAAUUUCUGUUUUCUAUUUUUCUGCAUUUGUUAUUUUUAUUUAUUGUUUUGAAUGUGUUGCUGCAGAUAUAUGAGCUGGAAGCUGGGAAUCCUUAUUGAAGUGUGUGAGUGCUACGCUAUGGAGCUAAGCUAGCUAGAGCUACGCUAUGGAGCUGAGCUAUCAAGAGCGAUAGCCAGCUAGAGCUACUGUAUUUAGAUGAACUAGCCCUGGCCAGGGUUAGCCAGAGCCACAGCCAGCUAUAGCUGAGCUUGCUGAAACAUACAGUAGCUUAAGCUAAAACUUAUAUAUGGCUUCCUACAGUAGGUUUAGCUGUAUCUCUGGUUAGCCCAGCCCCAUACAGUAGCUCUCACUUUUUAGAUCUAGCUAGCAGUAGCUCCAGCUAACUGUAGGUCUGGCAAGCUAGCUCUCUGCCUCAACAGCAUUCAUUCUCUAUUAAAUGAGGAUGCUGUUAGCUGCUUCCAUCUGUCUUGUUCAUGUACGCUUUUAUUUUGAAACCCAAUUCCUCUAUUUCCUUUUCCUGUCUGUUGCUACAGAGACAGAAUAGAUACUAGCUGUCGAUCCCCACUCACGCGUUACUAACUCGUUACUACUAACAUGUCAACAUGUUGAGUUACUUUUAAAACAUGUCAGGCGUUAGGGUCAGAAAGAGCGAGGGAGGGAGGGUGAGCAGAGGACUGAAGUGGUGGUCGUGGUGGUAGGGCUUCAAACUAAGACUUCCUUUACAUUCUAUACAUCUUAAACCAGGUCAGUGUAAUGUCCGGUGUUGGGGAACCCCUCUACUGUAGUGGUUUGACGUAACUGGUGGUGUCAGUUGGUAAUUGUGCUACCACGUGACCUUUUGUCUAAACUCCACCCACCUCCACCCGACCGGGGGAUGAAACAAACCAACGCUAGGCCUGUGAGGCUGAAGUGCUGCCUGCAGUGUUCGCUUGAUGCUUCAGCUCCUCCCAGCCCAGCGGGAGGCCUCGUAUGUUUGUCUCGCAUACUUAACGAGUUCAUGCCGAUUUGUUAAAGAAGCACAUCCUGUCACCCCAGGAGGUUCACAGGAAGGAGCAGCGGAGUCUUGUACGCUUCACUUCCUGUCGGGACGAGCGCUCCAACCGAUGGAUCUCUUGUGUUGCUUUGUGGUGUUCUGUGUGAAAUGCAAUAAUACCCAUAUUAAUAAAAAUACAGUAAGAGCACUGAGGCUGGACAGCUGGGAACUCAUAGCUCCGCCUCAUUAUUUGGGCAAUAGGGCUCCCUCAUUGGUGCAGCUGUUGAUAGCUGGAGUGGCCUCGUCUCUGAUUGGUGGAGCUGGAGUGGCUUUGUCUCUGAUUGGUGGAGCUGGAGCUGAGGUUUUUCUUCUUUGGUAGACCAGCGUGUAUCUUAAGGUAUUGAAACAGUCUUUAAAGAAUUUAUUUAAAGAGUGCCUUGAGGAAUUUGUCCUUUCUAGUGUUCAUUCAUGAAAAGGAAUGACUCGUAGAACGAAUAACGACAACUGAAAUCCUAUUCUGCCCGAGCCAAAUCUUCCACCGAAGCUAAAUCAAAUCGUAUGUUGACACGUUCCUCACUAGAUGUCAGCUGCUGUACUAUUUGCCUGUAGUCGUAGUAUUGACAGUAUUCGACUAUAGUUCUACUAGAAUUUGACUAUUAGUACAACUAUUAUUUGACUAUAGUCCUACUAGUAUCCCACUAUACUUCUGCUUCGGUACUGACCCGUUGAAACCAUCCUGAUCAGUUUCUGAUCAGCAUUCCAAUAAAUCUCCAAGGGCUGAUUGAUCCUCCACUCCUAGGGUUCUGAACGAUGGUUUCAACGGGAUCGACCUCCGAGAUCAGCAGGUCCCACAAGGCCACCUCCGGUCUUUACACACUCCUUUAAUUUCCUCUUCUUAGCGACAGUACUGUUAGUAUCUCAUACAGUAGCGACGUAGCAUUGCAGCUAACGCCUUGUAGCACUUUUCCCUUCUGUGAGGUCUAGAGUUCGGAGACGGUGGCGCAGCUCCUGCCAAUAAGGGACGCUGCGUCGCGUCAGCGAGGGCUCGUCAUGUGGUCGUUAUCGUAGGCUUCAUCUAGGUCCUCCCCAGGUUGUGGUGAAGGUGUGUUUACCCGGUGUGGACGGUUAGUUCCCGCCUUUUCCUCUGGCUGGCUGUUUAGAGUAAAGUGCAGAACCAGAGCUGAACGAAGAACAACGACAGCAGGCUGGGUUCUCUAUCCCCACAGGACCCCCCCAGGACCAAGGUCCCGAGCUGGUCUGCACCCUGUUGUCUCAGACCCAUCCUAUUACUGACCCCUGACCCUUGACCCCAGGCAGGCAGCGGGCACAAGGCUUCGCCCGCGCUCCGGAACUCACCCCUCUGGAGAUCCAGAUGUUCUGAUUGGAUCAGACUCACCUGGGCCACGAAAGCAAUAACCCCCCCCUAAAAAGAAUCAAUAACAACGCGAAUAGAAUCCAAUGAAAAAUGUAAAUAGCUUUGAUGGGCUGCUUUAUUAACCGUUGUAAAUGUAAGUAUUAUUCUUAUUAUCUUAUGAUUCCUACUACCUGGAACACGGCAGAGGGGACCGAAAGGUUUGGUCAUUUGUUUUGGGGACAAGUCUAGAGGGAACACCUAGUGUGUGCUUCCUGCUAGACUUCCUGCUGCUCUGUGUUCGUCCAGUCAUCUCCUCGUAAUCUACUGUACAAAGUCUAGAAGUAGGGAUAUAAUGGAACCUAUAUUUUAAUAUUUAAUCUGCUAGCUAGACCAGAGGCUGGGUGCUUAGCCUACGGCAAUAGGCCUCCUCCGUGGUAACCAACGGCUACCUGGUUGCUAUGGGAGAUUAUGUCUGAGACCCCCCCCCCCCCCCUUCCUCCACCAUCUGCCACCUGUUAAACACACACACAAACACACACACACACACACACACACACGACUGCAUUACCAACAAACCUCAUUUAUAGUCGCCUUGUGUGAACUCAGACCCUCACACAUGCGACUUUAAAUGAGCAUAACAGUACUACACCUACUACUACCACUACUACCACUUCUACUACUACUAGAACAACAACAGAGCUCCAUACCUCUACUCCUCGCUAUUUAUGCUCUCUCUCUCUCUCUCUCUCUUACGCGUCGUGCUCUUUUCUAUCAGUCUUUUCUAAUGACUUCCUUUCUGUCUGUCUGCUGCCCGCUCUCUUUCAAACAAGCACACGAUGUUUUGACUCGCUGAUGUACGUUAAUAAAAGACGUUAGAAAAAAAAUAAA